AUGCACAAAAAUACAAACUUACAGAUCCCGUCGAUAUGUACCCAUCAAACACUUUCAAAGUACCUAGAGAAGCUUAUAGGGCUUCUGGCGUUGUCUUUGAUAGAAGACGAUAAGGAGAAUCUUGAAGAAAAACUAAAUCUUUGUAGAGAAUUAGUAAGCACUCUGGUCUUCAAGGGAAAUGUAGAAGUUAUCUCCAAAAACGUCUUUGGGUCGCAUGUGCUCCAAACUCUUCUGCAGUGCAUAACUGUCUUUCAAAAGUAUGACGAUAAAUUGGACGAAUUGUUGCAGCUUUUUGCUAGCAUUAUAGAGGAACGCUGUUUAUUUGAAUUGUUACAUCAUAACUCUGGAUCUCAUGUGCUUCGUACAUUGCUCAAAGUUAUGGCUAAUGUGGUUGAUUCGGAACCAUUCGUCAAAAAUCGCAAAGUUUCGGAUGAAACUGAUAUUAUUGUCUUGAGCGGUAUACAGAUUAGUCCUUGGCGGAAGGAAAAGUUGCUGCACUGGUCUCAACUCUGGAGAAAGGAUCUUGUUGGAAUACUAAGGACAAACCAGGCUUGUGCAACAGUUUGUCUUUUGCUCAAGUUAUUUAAACACCAAAAUUUGUUAGAAGAUGAAGGAGCUGAACAGCUAGUACAGGACCUUGUGGAUGCUACUUUGGAGAGAUGCAUGUAUUGUAAAAACUCCAGUUUUGCACUUGAAACGUGCAUUGGAGUGUGUGGCAUAGCAACAUACAGCAAAGUGCACAGGGACUUUAUCUCACCAAAUCUUCAGGCAUUAUCGGAAAAUAUAUUCGCAAAUUACGCUGUUCAAGCAUUUAUUCAGAAUACCUUUUUUCAGGAAUCGCAUUUACGUACUUUUAUAGAAGAGCUUCAGUUUGAGAGAUUAUUUAAUACCACAUCUUCCUCAAUAAUAUGGCGCUUGGCAGAAGCUUGUGUUCGCGUCGGCGCUUGUGAAUCUUUAUUUGUAAAAAAAGUCUUCAAGACACUAGCCAUAGAAGGAGGAAUUAAUCCGUGGGUCGUUGUCAUCUCCACUGGAGCCUGUAGAAAUGGUCCCUUUGGGGCGGAUUCUAUUUUAAAUGGAGAUAAACCAGAAGGUAGUGAUGGUACAAAUACAGAAAAUGCAGUUUUAAAUGAAUCCAGAAUUUUAAUAAAGGCUGCAGGAUGUUCAAUUCUCUUGCACAUGUUAAAAUUCCCGCAAAAGUCUAUACAGCCUCUACUGGACAGUUUUAGAGGUUUCUUGAGGAUCGCCACUGAACAAUCUAAAAUUCUCGAUCUAGCUUGUGACAGACACUUUUCCAGAGUUUUACAGCUCCUAUUGGAUCCAAAGCAGGGACUUGUUUCAGAGAAAAUUGUAAAGGCUGUCUACGAUUCCUACAAGGACCAGUUUAUCCAAAUGGCCAAUAACUUGAAUGGAGGAUUUGUUAUUUCAUCUCUUUACACUGCAUGCACACCAAAGUUGAAGAUUGAGAUGUUGGAGACACUCCUCCCGCAGUAUGACGCAAUUUGUGCUAGAAACAGGAAACUUGUGUCUAUUAUAAAACUGGACGAAUUUAAGGAAAACCAGAAACUCUUUGUGAAGAAGAUUAAAAAGGGACAAUCGAUACGCGAAAUGUUCAAGGAUCUCAUUACAUUUAAAUUUUGA